CAUGACAUAGAAAUAGCGUGCGUCCAUGGAGAUAACAACAUGGGGAUUUGCUGACGGCGAAAACACAGGCGUACGUGCGGAUUCGUGCAUUGCUUUUUUGUCAGAAAUCGCUCAUCAAAAUUUAACGAUGACACUAUUCAACUCAAACUCCAGUAAAGCAACAUGAUGUAAAACGAUCAUUCACUAAGUCGUUCUUUUGGUGAUAUUUUCCGGCCAGGGAAAAUACCCUGAAGGUGGUAGAAGAGGAAUGCUGCAGGUGGAAUCUCCGCCGGGGAUCAGCCACAGUCUGGUGAAACUUGUUCCCAUGCCCGGUGAAGUUGACGUCUCACCAGCCACCACCAACGCGGCACCGAAGGAUGAAGGCCACAGCAGCAAUGGGGUGCCGUCCUCCUCCAGCGAUCUGGCCAUCCCACACCGAUUCUCUAUCGAAUCGGAUUUGACCUAUGCUCCGAAACUGAACACCACAAGCUUGCGGUUGGCCCAGGGGUCGGGAAGACAGUCCCGGUCCGGCCUGCUGCAGCGGGCUCGGGCCACGCGCCUUGCCGCCGUCCAGCAACAUUGCCAGGAUGAGUUCACGUUUAAGCCUCAAAUGAGCUCGGCAAGUCUUAAGAUUGCCGAGACAUUAGGAACGACAUUUAUGGUUCGACAGGAGCAACAUCUGGAGAAACAAAGGAAGAAGCUGGAGCAGAGACACCAGAUACCCUACAAGGGACGCUUGAGCCCAGUGGCUGCCCUCAAGAACAAGAAGAGUAGUGUUGCAACACUCAAAGACAAGGAGAAUGCAGAAAGUUGCCAGACGGCGUGGGGCUCACCGACUUCCACCCCCAAUCUGAAUGAGAACGGGCCUGCAGCCGAUAUAGCCAACAGUAACAACAGGCUAGGGGUAGGGGGCUCAAUAUCACUACAUCUGACCACCCCUCUGAGUCCAGUCAGGGCAGGCAGGGGGCUACCCCAGUCCUCUAUGAACAUACAGAGGCUGCAAGACGGACCUUACUCCACGAGUGGGGCGAACUUGGUUUUGAAACGACAAAAGGCUCUCCCUAAGCCCAAAAGUUUUGGCAUGCACAAACGGAGCUCAACGCAUCCUAUAGAUGGUGCCAGUAUUGACCCCCUGGAGACCACCACCACCUCCCAACCCACCAACCAUCAGAGAAGUAAGACAGUGACUUCCCCUGAGCCUGGCUCUUCCCCUCGCAAUAAAGUCAAGAGUCUGGUGACUAGGACGGCAGCACAGAGUGGAGAGAGACUCAGGCUAGCCAAGCUGACAGCAGAACGGGCAAUGAAGUUAAAGAGGGUCUUCACCAUUCAGGGUCCCUAUCCUGUGGUGAGAGAAUGUCUGCGAUCUCGAGACUGGGUGGAGAAGCAGUACCGAUCCAUGGCCCCCCACAAAGUCAAGAGGAAACAAGGCAGUGAUGACAAUGACACAGAUGACAGUGACAAUGACGAUGAUGACGAUGACAAUAAUGAUUCUCCUGACACGGGUGUCACUGCAGACAGUGAUGACGAUGACAACGGAUUAGGAGAUUCAGAUGACAUGUAUGGAAUGAUGUCAAGAAUGGUCCGAAACAACGAUCCAUUUUUCAUUUGGACGUGUCGCAGAGACACCAUCAACUUUAGGUUCUUGAGGAAAGAGACAAUUGUCAACCAUUUUGCCAAGAAUGGAGCGUUUACAACCAAGACCGGCCUGUGUACCCAUCUACGGAACCUGAAGUGGUAUGAGAACAUGGACGCUGAUACCUUCUAUCCACGCAGCUACAAGAUCUGCAUAGAGGAAGAGAAAAAUGCAUUUCUUGAUGACUACAGACUGACUGCUGCAUGUAGCAUCUUGAAAUGGGUGGUACAACGACACAAUGGCGAGCUGGACGUGCCAAUGGACGACAAUGAAGACAUUCCAGACGAAGACAAUACCACCAAGUCUGACGCUGAGGACGUGACCACCUCGCCACGGUCCCAAUCCAAGCUGGCCGGUCAGUCCAAGGCAAAAAGGAAAACAAACCCUGUCCUUCCAGCCUCCCUGAUUCGGACUGCCUCGGAUAUCGUGGAUAACUAUCUGAAUGAUGUAACACAUGAAUUUCUGGACAAUAAUGUGGACGUCAGUGACCUCAUGACGGACAAACAGUGGGAUGAGUUUAUUCGACAGUAUUGCCAACUAAUUUUUGAGGGUGGUGUCAUAGCCGAGUCUAGCAAUCACAGUGCAAUGUGCGAGAGUCUACUGAACAGGGUACGGGCCGUCCUACCCCAGCUGGAUAUGGACGGACUGCGCAAUAUCUGGAUCAUUAAGCCUGGAGCCAAGUCUAGAGGCAGAGGUAUUAUCUGCAUGAACAAACUAGAGGAGAUCCUGAAACUAGUGGGCAACCCAACCAUCGUCAAGGAGGGCAAAUGGGUCGUCCAGAAGUACAUAGAGCGCCCUCUCUUGAUCUACAACACCAAGUUUGAUAUUCGGCAGUGGUUCUUAGUGACUGAUUGGAACCCGUUGACUAUCUGGUGGUAUCAGAAUAGUUACCUCAGGUUCUGCACUCAGCCCUUCUCACUGGACAAUCUGGAAUCGGCCAUCCACCUUUCCAACUUCUCGGUCCAGAAGAACUUUGAGAAUUCUGCAGCCCGCUCGGUGAUGCUACCAGAUGAGAAUAUGUGGACCAGUGAGGAGUUCCAGCAGUAUCUCAAGAACCGAGGCUGUGGCAACAUCUGGCAGGAUAGUAUCUACCCAGGCAUGAAGAAGGCCGUCAUUGCCGCACUCCAGUGCACGCAGGACGUUGUGGAAAUGCGCAAGAACUCCUUUGAGCUAUACGGUGCAGACUUCAUGUUAACUGAAGACUUCCAGCCGUGGUUGAUAGAGAUCAACUCCUCCCCAGCCAUGGGUGCUACGACUGAGAUCACGGAGCAACUAUGCCAUGACGUCAUUGAAGACACCAUGAAGGUAGUGCUGGACCGACGACAUGACAAGAACUGCGACACGGGAAAGUUUGAACUGGCCUUCAAGCAGCACCAAGUGACCGUUCCUCCUUAUGUUGGUGCUCAGCUGUGCAUCGAGGGCACCGGUCUACGUAACCCAUCUCUCCGUAUACACCGGCAGCGAAGCCAGCCUAACAUCAUCAGCCCGCGACAACCUGACACAACAGUGGUCCUGCGGAAGACCACUAAUAACGGCAGCAACCUGCAGACCAGUCCCAGGAGACUCAGUCAGGGUAAAGUUGAAGCAACCCCCAUGGGGCUCGACCCGGAGCUGAUUAAAGCGACUAAUCUGGAGGAAAUGACACGCAAACUAGCAGCAUCGUCUGCGCUUACGCAAGCUCAAUCAUCACAUGAUGACAUUACGCAGCGAGAUAGCCAGCAUGACACAAGUUCAGCAGGGAUUCUAGACGGAGCUUGGGGCAGCUCAUGCCCCCAUUGCAAUACCGGCAUCCCAGGGGUAAAACUAGAAGCCGAUAAAGCAGCAACAGACUGCACCUGCAGACGAGACAGUGUGGUUAAUACCCCGGUCAAUGACAGAACUAGCCAGCCCAACUCCGGUUACCAGUCACCGGUGGCAGGGUACCGAUCACCGGAGCUGAUCCCUCGUAGUGGGACCUUCGUCAGCAACAGGCAGGGUAACUUGGUAACACUAAGCGGGCCGGACCCGAUCCAAGGGGUGCACAAAGUGGGUAGAGCGGCCUUCCUAGCAGGCCGAACCCGUCCCAAUGUCAAUAGGCAACGUAGAGAGUCUAAGAUACAUGUACAGAUAAGAGGUGGAGAAGUCAAGGUACCAUGCGGGACUUACCCUUUUACAGUCUCCAGUAGUUACAUCAUGUAAACAAACAAAAAAUACAUUAAAAGAAAUAGAAUUAUGCAGAUAUCAUGGCUGAGUUUGGGAGGCUGAAAAACAAAUUUGGUUUGAAAAUGUCGGAUUUACUGAAUGGUGUGCAGUGAAUUUAAGGCAUUUAAUAAUACGUUUGUGUUUAAAAAUACCUUUUACCAAAUGCAAGAACUAUUACAAAAAACUGUAAAGUCUUAGAGUGUGUGCUCAUUCAUUAUUUUUUAUUACAGUUUUUUAUUACAAUCUACCAGCAAAGCUUUGUUUUGUUAUAUUUUAUCAAUUGAUUUGAGUACAUGUAUACACCAAGAGUAUGUAAUCAAAUAAACAUUGUAACUAUCAGAAUUAUAGUACCAUUGAAAUAUUGAAUUCUUAAAGAUUUGUACAUUGUUAAAUGUAUUUAUUACAUUAAAAUACGGUUCAACGAUUCAUUUUUAGACAAAACCAAAGUUAGGAUGUGAUUAAUUGGUUGCCAUUUCAGGUAGAACAAACUAAAGUACAUUCGGGCCCCAUUUUUUAGUCAGAAAAUAUUGUUUUUAUAAUGCAGCAUAAUUUUAUUGCUGGAUUAAGAGUAACAAGGGUAUUAUAAUACAAACAGUAGAAUUCAAAUUAGUUGCUUUUAGAGGAACUUGAAAAAUAGAAUUAGCUGUUGCAAACUGCUUACCAACUAAAAGGACCUAUGGUAUAAAUGCAAAAAAAUAGUUAGUGGCCUGACGUUUCGACCCUA